CUCGCCAAUAAUCGUUCGGAAGAGCCACCAGAGGUUUUUUAGUACCGCGCGUCGUUUGUUGAACGCAGAUAUUUGUUUGUUUUGUUGAAAACAAACGCGCGUUUCAUUUGUUUAUUUUAUUAAAAAAAAAAUACAAUGGAGCCUCCCAACAUAAGGAUAGUUGCUGCCCAAGAGGAUAUUGAAAUGCCCAAAAGGAGAGUGAGCAUUGUCGAAAGUCCCGAUCAAACGAAAAAGGGAAUUUUACGCACGCUAAGUAGUCGAUUAGAAAAAGCUUCUUCUUUGGGCACAAAACACGGAAAAAAACCGAACGGAAACGUAUUACCGGAUGGGUUUUAUGAAAAGUACGACCAUAUGGCCCCUCAAAAUUCAUAUAACGACGAAAGAUCCUGGUGGUACAAGUUGUGCGUCAAAUGUCGCGGUAAGGACGAGAGCGUACCCUCCUGGGAACCGAGGGCGUGGUCCAAGUUUUGUCCGUAUCCAUUUUUUCCGACUUAUCGGCAAUUUUCCCGGGUGGUUUGCCUGCUAUUGAUCGGAUUGAUGUCUUGGUGUGCCAUAUAUUCAAUUGUGGGUGAGACAGCAGCCCCUCCUCACGGAAAACUCUUCCAGCUGAUCCUGCUGAGCAUCUGCGCAUACUUGGGGGGUUGGGUGACGAGUCUCACCACCCUCCCGGCCCUCAUAGGGAUGCUCUUCACCGGAUUAUUUCUGCAAAAUGUCGGACUCGUCGACUUGGACGAAUCCUUCUCUGAGGUAGCCAACAAAAUUAGACAUGGUGCUCUGGUGAUAAUCCUAAUCAGAGCGGGCCUGGAUUUGGACCCGAAAGCCCUCUGGCGUCUAAAAUUUAUCGUGGUAAGACUAAGCCUGAUCCCCUGGUUGGUUGAAGGUGGAGUAUGCGCCAUCCUCUCCAGGUUCUUCCUAGGAAUGGCCUGGGACUACUCGAUUCUCCUCGGGAGCAUAAUUUCUGCAGUAGCACCGGCGGUUGUGGUGCCCUGCCUCUUCAGGUUGCGGACUAAAGGUUAUGGAGUGGCCAAAGGUAUUCCUACUCUAAUCAUUGCCGUGGCGAGUAUCGACGAUGCCACUUCGAUAGCGGUCUUUGGUAUAGUGAAAAGUAUCAUGUUCGUUCACAGUUCCUUAACGUCUCUGGUGCUACAAGGGCCAGUUUCCAUAUUUGGCGGGUUCGGGUUUGGGAUUUUGUUCGGGUUGCUGUUGCGGUACUGCCCGGAGAGAAACGAUAAGUUUUUGGUACCCUUCAGGAUCAUAAUGCUGCUGGCAGGAGGCAUGGCGGCGAUAUACUUCAGCGAACACUUGGGAUACGGUGGUGCGGGACCCCUAGGGGCUGUCGUAGCCGCCUUCGUUUCCCUCAUCUUUUGGACGAAACAGGGAUGGAGCACCGAGGAAAACCCUGCCUCGACCGCUUUCGAGAUUUUCUGGAUGAUCGUCGAACCAGUUCUUUUUGGUAUCACCGGUGCCCAAAUGCGAUUCGAGGAGCUUCACGGCACCGUGGUUCUGAUUGGAGUGGGGAUUCUCAUAGUGGGAGUAAUCAUCAGAAUUUUCGCGACUCUGGUUAUUGGGAUUGGUUGCGGGUUAAAUUUGAAGGAGAAGAUCUUUUGUGCUAUAGCCUGGAUGCCUAAGGCUACUGUACAGGCUGCUCUAGCUCCUAUAGUACUCAGUUACAUAACCGACACCACAUCAGCGGAAUACUCCAGUGCCAAAAAAAUAAUCACCGUAUGCAUCUUAUCGAUUAUGAUAACGACGACAAUUGGGGCCGCUUUGGUGACCCUUUUGGGCAGCAAAUUGUUACGAAAAACGAAAUUUGCGGUGCAACCGGAGCAGUGGCGUAGAUCCCAUCGACCCUCUGUGCGUGACAUCAGCAUAAUCGACGAGGAUUUCGAGGACGACGACGACGAGGACGAGGACUAUAAGGGAAUCGAUAAUUUAGGCUGCGAUAUGGCUGAAGAAUCGAAAACAAAUGAGGGCGAGGCCAAGAGUGAUCAGGUCGUAAUUUGUUGUCAGCCAAAAGACACUCUGAAGCCACCCGAGUAUGAUUGUGUCAAGGUUUCCUUAAAGGAGGACACGUUAAGUGAAAAGUUACGUAAAACGGAAUCUUUUUUGAACGGGGAACGUUCCGAGGACGAUAAUAGAACGGUUACGAGGUUAAAAAUUAACGAGGAAUCCGAUCAAACACUAGAAAACGAUAGUGACAUCAAUAAUGCCAGUGAAAAGAAAUGUGAUAACGACGCGAGCGGUAAUGAAUCUUGAGAGCCAUGCAAUUAUAUAUUUAUUUUUUUUUAUGUAUUAUAUAGGUGUUAUUGUUAAGUUAAAAUAAAUAUAUUUUUAGUUACAAUAUCA